AUGGACUCUGAGCUGCGACUAUCACCGCCCCGCUUAGGGCCUUCUAUGCCAAUAAAUGAUCAAUCUAACCUACAGUUGGACCAGUUUGACCCGGAAUCGCAAUCCUUCGGGCCAUUCCGUCCCCCGACCGAAGCCGAAUCGCAGCUCCAGAAUGCGAGACACGCGUUUAUUCGUCCACAAUCAGAUGAGUCGAACAACUUCACCUCGUCGCAAUCCACACAGCAGCACCAAACGCCCCAAGGUCAUCCUAGCAAUGGAGUUGCCUCGCAUUUACCACCGCAAGGGCAAUCCUCCAGUGGCUUGCAUCAAUCGCAGGCCUACAACAAUGGCGUCGGCCAGGCAGCGAAUAUAAGCGGGGCGUUGCGUCGGGCUGCUGCUGGACAAAUGGCGCCUCCAGGGUCGCUGUCCCCAAACGAGCUAGCUAUGGGGAACAAUGCGCAUCAAGCUCAGAAUAACAGCUUGACAACGCUGCAACCCUCGAGCCAGCAGUUCCAACCAGACUUUACCGAGCUAGAUACUGGCUCCGUGGGCCCGAUGGGCUUCACUGGGCCUGGGGAGCUGCAAGGCUUCAAGGUGGUCCCGAAUCCUCCACAUCUAGAUUACUGGAGAGACAGGUUGUUCAAUGUUGAUGAAAUGAUCACCUUGAGCGAAGAGGAAUUCCAAACCUACUUUCCCCACGUUGACAACGUCUACUCUCAUCGCUCAACCCAGCGGUACAAGCGUAAACCAUUCGUUUCCCAUUACUGGGACUGUCGGCUGAAAGGACGACCACCCGGAACCCCCAAAUCUGACGAUCCAGAAAAGAAGAAACGCAAGCGUACAGCCAGAGAACGGGAUCUCUGCCAUGUCAAAAUCAAAGUCGUGGAGUACUUCCCAGUGUCUGAAAUAUCAAAUAUGACCCAUGCAGUCGAGCCCUUGCCAUCUAACCUCCUACCUGGUAUGUAUACUUUUUCUCUGAAUGACGACUCGGCGAUCCGAAAUGCCCAAACAUUCGGUAUGCCCACGCCGAACCCCGAUCUACCACCAAAUCAUCCCGGGUCAAAUGGUGGGAGAUAUUUCACCAUCCAGCGGGUGAAUGGCAACGGCGCCAAUGGGAAGAAUGAUGGCGUGAGUGGCGGCCAUCAACAUACGCUUGAAGAAAGUGAUCGUGUCAAGAAGAAUAGCGUCCAGCGAUUCAUCCUGAAGGAAAAGAAAGAUAAAAGGACGAGAGUGGACCGAGUUAUGUCUCGAGCAGCCCAAAAGUCAUACCAUACAAAAGCGACGGGUCUAGCCGCUGAAACUGCCAUUAAGCACUCUGCUGAUGUUAAUCUCAAGCUAUAUGGGAGCUGCUUCUGCCCCUUCGUUCAACGAGUAUGGAUUGCAUUGGAACUUAAGGGUAUUCCAUACCAGUACAUCGAAGUAGAUCCAUACGAGAAGCCCCAGUCGCUGUUAGAAGUAAAUCCAAGAGGGCUUGUUCCUGCUUUGCGGCACGACGACUGGGGAUGCUAUGAAAGCAAUGUGUUGUUGGAAUAUCUAGAGGAUCUAGGCGUGGGGGCUGCAAUGCUUCCAGGAGACCCAAAAUUGCGCGCCCAUUGCCGGUUGUGGGCGGAUCAUGUCAAUCGGCAUAUAGUGCCAAGUUUCUACCGCGUACUGCAAGAGCAGGAUCAACAUAAACAGAUCGAGAAGACACAGGAGCUGCGAGAUGCGAUGGAGAAGCUGCUCGAAGUGGCGCAUCCCAAGGGGCCCUUCUUCAUGGGCCCACAAAUGUCUCUUGUGGACGUCCAAGCUGCCCCGUGGAUCAUUCGGCUGCGGCGGGUCCUGAAACCAUACCGAGGAUGGCCAGAUGCCGAGGAGGGAAGUAGACUGGCCUCUUGGAUGAAUGCAAUCGAGACCGACCAGCAUGUGCAGGCGACAACUAGUACGGAUGAGCUGUACCACGACAGCUAUGAGCGAUAUGCCCAGAAUCGUCCAAACACAUCCCAGGUGGCAAAUGCAAUUAACGCAGGACGAGGUCUUCCGUGA